UGUUAAAAACAAAAGAAAUCAAUUCAAAACAAAUUAACCAAAAAAGAAAAUAAACAACAAAAAUCACAACAACAAAUUGUUGACAUACAACAACGUGUGUGCAUGAAUGAAUGGAUUCUCCCGAAAAUUGAACCGGUCUGUGUUGAGUUUUAAAACAAAAACGAAAACCAAGUUUAAUAUUCACCUAAUUUCUGCGAACUCAUUAAAAUACGCGCUAAGCUUCGCACAAUCUCAAACAUACACACACGCACACUCAUGUGUAAAGUAUGUUUAAAAAUUUAAAAAAAAGUGUUCGAUUUUAACGUUUAUUUAAAACACAACAAAAAAUUAAUAAACAAAAAAUACUUUAUAAACGCAACAACAACGUGGUUUAAAUUUUAAAACUAUAAGCAGCGGACUUUUGUACCGUCAAAACAUAAAUGAGUCAUUAAAACUAAAAACAAAAAUUUCUCAUAAUAGUUUGUUCAAAAAAAGAUUUAAUAUUUAAAAAACAACUUGGCUAAGAACCUUCUACCCCAAAAACCAUUAACAUUUAUCUUAAGGACUAAAAAAUAAAAACCGUCAAAAUAGCUCCCAACAAUUUCUUAACACAGCGAAUGCAUUUAACCUCCAGUACCGUUAAUACUCAUCAAUACUCCGGUUCAUCUUUAAAUCCAGCAGGAAAUCUAUUAAAUUCUUCUUUAUUGGGUGGUAGCAUCACAGCUACUGGUGCUACCACCACUUUAGCAGCAACUGCCUCCUCUAGUAAUUGUCACUCAUCGAACGGUUCACCUUCAACAACAACAACAACACCAUCAUCCGUAUAUUUAUCGCCGGCCUCUUUGCCCUCAUUAACAACAACUGCCACCGCCAAUAUGGUGAUUUCUUCGUUACCUCCUGCUUCUUCAGUGCACCAUCAUCAUCAUCACUUACAUUCACAUCCUACGCACCAUCAGCAUCAUCAUACCACACACUCCCACUCUGCCUCACAUCCGCCACAACAUUGGAAUACCGAGGUAGGGAGUAUGGCGUCCGAUACUAUAGUGGCCAGUAGUUCGGCGAGUAUUGGUAGUAAUUCGCCAAAUGGUGGUGCUAGUAAUGGUACAGUGAAUAGUAAUAAUAGUACAAAUAAUAACAAUAACAACAAUAGCAGUAGUGGCAACAAUAAUAGUAGUAGUGGUGGUAAUAAUAAUAACAACAAUAAUGUUAUACACCAGGAUUUGGCUUGGCUAGAACGUUCAGUUUUACAAGCCCAACAACAGUUUCCAAAUGAAUUGGUACGCACCAGUAAUCCCUAUUUCCUCUGUUCGGCCCUACCCACCCAUUGGCGUUCCAAUAAAACCCUGCCGAUUGCCUUUAAAGUAGUGGCCCUGGUGGAUGUGGGAGACGGCACGAAUGUGUAUAUCAGGGCCGGAAAUGAUGAAAACUACUGUGCCGAAUUGCGUAAUGAGAAGACAACCAUGAAAGAUCAAGUGGCUAAAUUUAAUGAUCUUAGAUUUGUGGGACGUAGCGGUAGAGGUAAAAGUUUCACUUUAACCAUCACUGUGGAUACAUUUCCCCGACAGGUGGCUACCUAUUCGAAGGCUAUAAAAGUAACAGUCGAUGGACCUCGUGAACCGCGCUCAAAAACAAGUAAGUCGAAGUUGUUUAUAACGCGUCGCACAUUUAGAACAAUGUUGUUGCCGCCACCAUCAACAAUUGCUACUGCUGAUGCUGCAGCAACAGCAAUAAAUCGAAAAUCACAAAAAAUGAAAAAAAUAAAAGAACACGAUCAAGAUCAAGAUGAUGAGUUUAGUUUAAGUUUGCCAACGACCAUAAUAAAUGCCACAACUUCGUCCAUUUCGUCGUCCCUUUCGAAUUAUUCGCUUAGUUCUUAUAACGAAACUGGUGCUAGUAAUGAUGAUGGUCGUCGAGUUGAUGAUAGCGGUGGUGGUGGGGUCAGUGUCGUUGGCAAUAGUGGUCACUUUAAAACGUCUGCCUUGUCAUCAUCAUCAUCAUCGGUUAUUGAAUGUGAGAAUAGUUUUGAAAGCCACAUGUAUGAAGACAAAUAUGGUGUAAUUGAUGCGGUUGUUGGGGAGGAGUUAAAAGUUGAUUAUUUGUUAAAUGGUCCUCCUAAUGGCACCCAUUUUCGUGGUUUCGGCUUAUCACAACGUCCCUAUCCCGAUACCAGCUUUACCAGUCAUUUUCGUGAAUUGGGCUCAUUACAUCGUGUUACCCGCUCAUCAGCCGCCGCUACGGCUGCUUCAAUUGUUAAUUCUGCAGCAACACCAACAUCGGCUUCGAGUACGAACAGUAGUAGUUUACCGCAAUUAACGGGAGGCAUUGGUGGUGGCAGCGUCGGUAAUCAUUCACCAACGAGUAGUACAAUCAAUUCAGAUUGUCAGGGUUAUAAACCGAAUGCAUCCCAUUUACAAGACAACAACAAUCUUAUGGGUGCCGCCGAAUGGACAGGUUAUUCCAGCAGCAUGACUAGUGCCUCUGCCUAUUCCAGUUUUCAUCAUACCCAUCACUUACCACCACCUCCACCGCCAUCAGCUGCUUCAGCAGCUGCCACAAAUUCCGCUUACAGCGGCUAUGAAAGUCUCACCACCGAUCCCGCCAACUUACACUUGCCAACCGUGCUCACCGAUAUGCAACCCUAUUGCCCGACCAGUGAUUAUCAUCCCAGUGCCAUAGUGCCGCAUGUUCAGCCUCCGAUUUGUAGUCCCAACUAUAGUACGGUACCGAAAAAUGAAUACGAUUCCUAUAAUGCAGCAGCAGCGGGUUAUUCUUCCUAUAACAACUGGUCUAAUGGCUAUAAUAAUUACCAAUAUGGUAGUUGUGCGGGUCAGCCACAAUACUCAGCUCAUACAGCGCACACAAUGGUGCUGUAUCCUCAACUUAUAUCCACCUAUAAUCAAAAUGAAAUUCACUUACACCUACACGGCACCGAUAAAAUCGAACAAUAUUUAGGAGGAGAAAAUGCUCUCACUAUCAGUUCCCUUUCCGGCAAUCGUUCGAGCAUAGAGAUCGGUAUAGGCACCUCGGACCACGAAGAACAAAUGCAAAAUACUAAUAGUGCGGCAGGCGUAGGUGGAGGUGGAUUAAUGAAUAAUGAUCCUCAUACUCAUGUGGUAGUAACAGAUCCAGCGAAUCUAGAUCCGGAACAAAGACAAACACAAACGCAUUUAACGGAUCCCGCAACUGAAGUUAAUGUGGUGGGCGGUGGUGGUGGCGUUAGUGUUGCAUCAGCGGGUGUGACAAAUGAUCAACAUACUCAUGCCUCGAGAGAGGGAGAAGAAGUGUGGCGACCCUAUGUGCCCACUUCAUGGCCUCAGUGACAAAAUUGUAAGACUUAUGUACAUAUAGAGUUAAAUUAAGAGUCUAUUUAGUUUGAAUACGUAUUUAGUUAAGUAAUUACUACUAUUUGCUUUAAAAAAAUAAAUGAAAUGGAAUGAAUGUAAAAAGAAAAUCAAAAAAAAAAAAACACAAAAUUUGAAAAAUUAUUUAAUCAGAAGAUGUACUAGGAAAAGGCUUGUAAUAUAUAAAGGUUAUUUUUUAACGUAUGCCUAAAAGUAUGCUCCUCUUUAUUGAUACAUAUUAAUUGAAUUCUUAGAAUAUUCGCGAUAAAAAAAAUCGUUUUACAGGACUUCAUAGAUUUGUUCGAGAAGUAGUGGAAAAUAUAGUGUUGUUUUUCCAGAAUCCUGUGUCGACAUAAUUAAGUAUCCAUAGGAACAUUCAAGAAUCUAUUCAAUAUGUCCUAUUUUAUCUUCCAAGUCUCUUAAAUACGAUGUGUUUUUUCAAUCACAGAGUGAGCUAAAGAACACGCGGCUUGCAAGUUUGGUGCGCGGCUGAUGCCGGUCCAUGUACAAAAAAUUCAUUACAAAAUGGUUCAAUGGUUCUUUAAGAGUUUUAAAAAAUGUCCUUAUUUUAUCACCAGGGACAGCAAAGGGUUAAUUUUCAUUAAAAUUUCUGCAAGGUUUUAUCGCAUUCGAUUGAAAAAUAUUAAAAUUUUCUUAAAAAUUGAUCACAAUAAAGUUAAAUUUCAGAUUGUUAUUUUAAGAGUUUUAAAAGGGCAACAGUUUCAUAUAACCAAGGUCUGCAAAGGGUUAAUUUUCACUAGAAUUUAAACUUCAUUGAUCAUGGCAUAUUUUUCAAGGUUUCAUCAAGAUCCAUUGAAAAAUACUAAAUAUUUAGCUAAAUGUCAAAUAUAUAAAAACUUGACCUUGUUUAAUAUAUAAAAACUUGACCUUUGACCCCAAAGGUCAAUAGGUUAAAUUCCCCAUAUUUUGACAAAACAUUCGGUAAAAUUUUUUUUUGAAAAGGAGAGUAAAAUUUUGAAAUAUUCUUAAAAUUGGACUGCAAGAAUAGAAAAGUAGGAAGAAUUACGCUUUUCCUAAAAAACAAGUGUAAUUUCAAAACUGGUACGACUUAAGAAUAAAAGCUAUUUGAACUAAUUAUUUUUGGCUUUAAUUCUGUUAGACUUUUGCAAUAAGAUUCUAAAGAAAAUUACUUUGUAAAUUAACAAUUUAUUUAACAAAAAAUUUUCCUAAUUGCAUAAAAACCCAAAACAUGUUUCCUUAAAUUAACUUUUUCCAUUCAAUACCGAUUAAAUAAAUUUUUCAAAAUAAAAUUACGUUUAA